AUAACGCAAUAGUCAACGUUGACACUGAUUCAGACUCUGAAGAUUGUGUAAAGCCACCACAAAAGGUUUCUCUACCUGAGAAAGUCCAGCAGGAAUCGUCUGUCUGUGAAAAUCAAAGAAACAUGGACCGUCUUUUGAAGCAAGUGGAGGGACUCAAGAAAAUCUUGAAAGCUUCCACAAAUUCUCUAAAAAAGGAGAAAGUGAGACGAGCCAAAGCUGAAUCUGACUGUGUGUUUUACAAGAGAGAAAUUACCGAUUUAAAGCAGGGAUUAGAUUACUACCAGCAUAAGGUAGAGACUCAUGAAAAAACGGUGCAGACUUUACAAAACCAGCUUCAGAGCAAAGAAAAUCGCUGUGAGAUUCUGCAAAAGCGUUCAAAGCAGGAGUCACUGCUGAGACACAACUUAGCUCAAGAAAAACAGAAGAGUGACAAGGAACAUAUAAUCAAUAAUAAGUUACAGAAGGAAAUUGCAGAAUUACACAAGGAGAAAGAAAAUCUUUUAAACAAGCUGGAGAAUUUUUCCUCCAUGAAAAAGGAGGCAGAUGAGAAGAUGUCUGCACAGCUGGAAACCUUGAAACACCAGUUGGAAGAGAAAUCUUCUCUCUGUCAUCAACUGGAAUCGUCUUUUAUUAAGGAAAAGCAGCUGAGAGUCCAGUUACAACAGGAGAAGAAGAACCAGAAAAAAGAUUUAAGUCAUCAGAAAUUAAAGAACGAAAUCUGGGAGUUAGAGCAGGGACUGGAUUACUAUCAAAAUAAUACAGAAACCCGUGAAAAAAGAAUGAAGAGUUUACAGAUCGAGCUUCAGAACAAAGAAACUGCGUGUGAAGAUCUGCAGAAGACUUUAAAACAGCUGAGAGUCCAGUUAGCUCAAGAGCAGCAAAACAGUCAGAGCAAAGACACAAUUACUGAGAAUUUAAAAGAGGAAGUUGGAGAGCUAAAGAAGAGCCUUGUGCAAGCUCUGGAGAGUCUUAACUCCACAACAAUCGAGGUGAAGGAGAAGAUGUCUCAGCAGCUGGAAGUGUUUAAUCAGCAGUUAGAAGAGAAAUCUGCUCUUUGUCAAACACUUAAAUCAAGUUUAGACAAAGAGCAGCAGCUGAGGGUGAGCUGUCAGGCUGAACUGGACAAUACCAGAGUUCUUGUCUCUGAGAAUUCAGAUCUCCAGCAGGAGAUCCAGGAUUUGAAGGAGAGAAACUCUGAACUCAGAGAUGUGAUGAUCACACACGUCUCUGAGAAAGUCGAGUCAGACCAGCAGUUUGUUCAACAGCUGCAGAAACUCAAAGAGCAGCAUGAAGAGGAAUUAGUUACCCUAAAACUGCAGCUUAAAGAACAUCUCAGGUCUGAGAUCCAACCCGGUUCUGAGAUUUAUUCACCAGAACCACAGCCGUCUGUGGAAAGUCUGGAGACAAAUCCUGACAAGGAUUGUCAGACGGACGUUUGUCAGACUGAAAUCGUUCAGGAAACGCUGGAGUUAAGCCAAAGUCUCCACAGUAACGAGUCUCCAUCUGAAGAAGCCGUUCCACAAACAGUCAAACCGCAGCAAAACAUUUCUAAGUGGAGACGCUUCAAAAAGUUUAUGACUCCAGCGUGUCUGCGGAAACACAAGAACAAGUUAUAAACUAAUUACCUGCCCUCACACACACCACCCUCACACACACACCUUCACAAACCACCGCCCAAUAUUCACACACCUUUAU